AUGUCCGUUUCUCCGUUCGGGCGCACAGUCGCAUCUCUUUCAGCGUCUCUUUCAACGCUGUCAAAGUACUCGGCAUGCAGCAUGAAUUCUGAGAAACUCGGGAUCGGGGGCCUCGACGUCCGAUUCUGUCAAAGUUCGAAACUCGACAUCUGCCGAAGCCCGUCCGUUGCUCAAUCUCAAGCCGUUUCGAGUCAUUCGGACCUUGUACCUGUUAGGAGAAUCAGGGUACUAGGGAACAUAGCCAUCGGGGGGAAUGGAUCGUCACGGAGGUGACUGACGGCUUCUUUGUCCAGAUAAAUGCUGUAUCGUCCGAAGGAGGCAUGCUCAGUAGUCGUCAUGUAGAUGGCAUUUGCAGGAGAGCUGACACCUGAUUCAUCAAUCUUCUGGAUGUUGAUUUGUGUCCAGGACUGAAGCAUUUCCCAGGUGCGAACAGCAUCUGUCUGUCUU